AGUAAACACUAUAAGUUUGUUUUUCCUCUCUCGAAAAUCAGUAUCAGGUUCCAAAGUAUCAGAUUCCAAAAUUUGCAAUUAGGGUUCUUGUUCUUCAAUCGAUCCCAAAAAUGGCGCAAUCUCAAUUCAAUCGAUACUUCUACCCCCGUGCACUUCAACUCCGCCACUCCCCUCCCUCCCGCGAAUUUCCCAAACCCAAAUCCUUCACCAAUCCCUUCAACACAAUCGAAGAAGAUACCAUCGUUUUCCCCGUCGUCGACGACGGCAUUUACCAGCCAAAAACAAAGAAAACCCGCGCUGCUUACGACACUCUCCUUAUCCUCAUCCAGCAGCCUCUCCCCGGACAACCACUCGCCGGUCAGCCACUCAGUACAGUACGAUUCGUCGCUGAUAAGAUUCUUGAAAUUCUCAAAAACGACGCCGUUAAUGACCGUGAUAAGAAGAUUAAAAUUGAGAUGCUUCUUGAUUGUAUCCCUGAUUAUGUCUUUGAUCAGCUUGUUUCAAUUGGGAAACUUAUAACUGAUUUCUAUGGGUUUGCUGAUGGGAGUCAUGUUGAUGGUGGCAUUGUCGACCGUGUUCGGAGUAUGUCUAUUUGCAGCAAUAAUGGCGGUAUUGUUGAUGGUGUUCGUAAUUUGUCUAUUUGCAACAAUAAAUAGAGCAUUAUUAGGAGGAUUCGAAGAAACUGUAUAUUGAUGCAACAUAUAGGCCAAUUGAAGAACUCUCAGAGGAGGAA